GAGCUCAUCAAAACGCCCGCGAUUCUUUUGGCGUGCAACCGCAUCAUCUUGCAACAUUUUUCUUCAAAACAUGACUAGAAUUUUGUCGCGGAGUUGUUUAAAUCUGCAGCAUUUAGGUUUUUAUAUACGGCAGCGAGGAAUAUGUGCCUCAAGUCUAUUAUACAGCAAUGUCUUCACUUUUAAGGAAUCAAGAUAUAAAGUAGAUAUUUUAAAUUUAAAAAGAUCACUCUUGAAAGAUGCGGUUUGGUCGAGAUGUUAUGCAAAUAAACCAGGGAGCAAGAAAAACUACUACAACGUUCUCGGAGUGUCUCCUAAAGCAAGCCAAUCGAAGAUAAAAGAUGCUUAUUAUAAACUUUCAAUGAAACAUCACCCAGACCGGCACCAGGGAAGUGAUAAAAAACAUGAAGUAUUUCAGGAAAUAGCAGAGGCCUAUUCUGUGCUCGGGAAUCUGGAAUCCAGGAAGCAAUAUGAUAGAGGACUUAUAGUAGAGGGUUCCCUGGCGCCUGAGCAUGCUCGAGCAGCACAUGGGCCUCCACGACGCACUGGCUCUAUUUAUGAUUUUGACGAAUGGACCAAACAACAUUAUUAUGAGGCAUUGAAGCGGAGACAGCGUGAUAAGAAGGAGAGAAGAGAUGAGAAGUUUGAACAAGAGACACAUAAGGUUCAGGAAGGAAGUCUAAGACUUGUAGUUUUGCUGGUGUUUUUACUGAUUGUGGUGAUAUACACUUCAACAGAAAGACAGAUACAUAAACAAAGUAUGGCAACAAGUUACAAAGAGAUUAAGUAAUUAUGUGUCAGUGCGUAGUAGAGAAAGCAAAAUAGAGGAAAUUUGUGUUUUUUUAAUGACAAAAAAGAGAAUAUUGAAAUGGUUUAAUUGGGUCAUUCAGACAGAGAGGAUAGUGUCUGAAAUUCUACCAAAAUUUUGGGUGACAAAAAAGAUUCCAUCCCUACCUUGGUGUGCCAUUUUUACUUG